AUGGGCGGCCACAGAACCGGAGACAGUGACCUGGAGAAGGUCAAGGCACUGUUGGAGCUUGCCAGGUCACUCCAGGAACAUCUGCCCUCCUUGAUCGAUUCUCCGUCCAUCAAUGCCCUGGUGCAGAGGCUCUCGGAAGCGGCCCAGACCGCCAGCUGCGUUGUGCCAAGAUCGGCGCUGAAGAAACGCUCAGGCGUGGAGCUCGCGAGCCGCGCAAGAGAGCUGUUCAACCUCUGCAUCGCCACUCAACGCAGUCAAUCUGCAGAUAUGCCCCCAAUCCGAGCGAAGCUGCUGUUGCAAAGCCGUCUUUUAGCAUUUCUGAUGACGCAUCUGGCUCUCUGGACCGGGGAAGAAGGAUUAGACAUCGAGAUGGGGGAUGUCGAGUUGCUCUUCUCCAUGGCAUUCAAGGUCGCGAGACUCUUCUUUGAUGACGAAGACUAUGGCAGCACAGUCAUAGUUCUGCAGAAGGCAGCAGAAUAUACUUUGCUUUUCCCCAGGCUGCGUCCAAGCCUCAAUCCUGAAGAGCUCGGGUUGACCCACCGACUGGAAGCAGAAUAUCUGAUUCUCCGUACCGCCCUUGCCCUGAAGGAGUCUCGCAUUGACGUUGCCGAGCACAUGUAUGCCAAGGUUGAGCAGCUGCGGGCAUCUCUAGAUCCGACGUUAGCUGAAAACCUAGCUGAAGUUCUGUUUGACACUGGUAAACGCUAUUUGACCAAUAAUCAAUUCUCCACGGCAACCAGAUGGCUCGGUCGAGCGUAUGAAGCUAUCAACACUCCAGCACUGGAUAGGUUAUCCCGACGAGCCGCCGAAUUACGCCUUAUUAUCGGUGGUGCUUUUGUCAACGCCCUCCUCAGCACAGAAGAGCCCCAAGAUUUCGAGACUGCAUCCAAUAUUGUCCAAAGCAUAUCCUCGGAGGUUGGCGAAACUCCCGUCGUGUUAGUCCUACGCCUUGAGGUUCUUCAACGAUCGAGACCGGGUGUGUUUGACAAGGAGGCUUACGCCACUUGCAUCCUUGGUCUAGUGAGGAGCUUCAACCACUCCGAGCCGUACUACAGAUUGAUCGAGAAGCACAUAUGGCAAUUAUUUCAGUUAGAUCAAGAGUUGGGAUGUGACAGCGCCGAUGAAUGGCUCAAAACUCGAAUCGCAAAUUGUGAGCGGGAUGCCUGGAUCGAACGGGCCGUCUUGCGACGACUUUCCAUGUCUGUUCGUCAGAUAUCUACGCCCACAGCAUUGGACUCUGUCACGAAUGUCUUAGUCGAUGUUUGUGUCCUUCGAGGUAAACCACUGAAAGCCUCGACCGCCGCGGCUGCACAUACUCAAGGCCUUGAGGGUCUCGCCAAGGCAGGUACCAACAACCCAACGUUCUUAUACGCUUGCAUUCUUGAUGCACAGAAACAUGGCGAUGAUUUAUGCGCCAUGGGCGAUGAUGCGACCGCUACUUCGGGUCCCACGCCGAUGGUGGAGAGACAGCUGGUCGAAGAGCUCUGUCAGAUAUUUGAACACGCUGUGGAGGACAUCAAGCGCGCUCCAAAGGACUCUCAGGGUGACCUACUCUAUACCGUCAAAGAGCUCCACUGGUUCUGCAAGAACUCGUACAAUCUCGGGAUCAGCCGCUUGGGUUCGUGGGAUCUCGACCACAUCAUACGAAUGAUGCAAGUUGGGCUCGCAGUGCGCGAGUACUAUCCAUCCGACAUCCCGACUCAGGAGGCCGAUGACAUUCGUCUCAGGUCUACACUUAGCCACUUUGUCGUCGCUUCAGCAAUGGCUUCGGUAGCCCGCACUCAAGAUGAUGUCGAGCGACAAUCGCAAGUGUAUAGCUCACUCAGGCAACAUGUGGUUGAAUUCGAUACUCAGAUUCAGGAAUACGUGUGUCUCAACGAGAUGGAUAAGCUCACGUCAAAAGACCUAUAUCAGAAGUUUGCCAGCUUGCUGGUCUUUGAUCUCGAGGCAGCAGUUCAUCUUGAGCUAUUUGAUGAGCUGAGCGAAAUCGUGCACAAAGCCAAGCGAUGCACCUCUGUCGAGACCUUCAAGUCCAUGGCGGAUUGUCUUCUUAGGGGGCACCUCCCCCCGCGAGACCUCUAUUCGGCGCUGAGACAGAUCAUCAACGAGAUCUGGAAUCUUGAACGGUUCGACCCGGCGAGGCUGGCCAAAUACAUACGAUGUCUGUUCCAGGCCGUGCUCCCACUUGAGAGCGAACUGGGCAGACAGAUUUUGCAAGAGGCGAUCAGCAAAGCUAGAGCCUCGGCAGAGAGCGGCUUCUCCUUCCCGCCCGAGGAGGUCCAGUGGCUGGUGACGGUUGCUUGGAACCACGCUGUUGACUACUGGAGGCUCAGGAAUGACAAAGAAUGCAAGUUAUGGGCUCAGCUUGUCUUGGAGCUAGCGCAAUAUGCUGCGGAUGGCGGCCUCCUGAGUCAACAGAUUCGGGAGCACUAUGCAAAGCUUGAGCUCGACGCUGCGUGA